GCGACACUCCCUCAUCCCCAAACUGGACGGAGCAAGGUCUCCCCGGAACUCCCACAGCCAUAGCGGCUGUCAACGUUUUAAAAUUGGGUUUCGGUCCAAUAAUAUGGAAAAAGACGGAUGGAAAUACUGAUGACAGUCCGAAAGAUCGCCUCGAUUUGUACGAUGGGCGCCAAUGCCUCUGCUUUGGAGAAGGAGAUUGGACCAGAACAGUUUCCCGUCAAUGAACACUACUUUGGAUUGGUCAACUUUGGGAACACCUGCUACUGUAACUCGGUGCUGCAGGCCCUCUACUUCUGCCGUCCAUUCAGGGAGAAGGUCCUGGCCUACAAGGUCCAGCCCAGACGUAAAGAGUCACUGCUCACCUGUCUUUCUGACCUCUUCAACAGCAUCGCCACGCAGAAGAAGAAGGUGGGAGUCAUUCCUCCCAAGAAGUUCAUCUCUCGACUGAGGAAAGAAAAUGAGUUGUUUGACAACUACAUGCAACAGGAUGCCCAUGAGUUCCUCAACUACCUGCUCAACACUAUCGCUGACCUGCUGCAGGAGGAGGAGAAGAGCCAGGAGAGACAGCAGAAUGGAAAACUGUUGCAGAACGGAGGAGUUGGGGGCAGCAGCGGGACGGGAGGAGGACAGGGUGAGGAUGGGGAGAAGACGCAGCAGACCUGGGUCCACGAGAUCUUCCAGGGAACCCUAACAAACGAGACGCGCUGCCUCAACUGUGAAGCUGUGAGCAGUAAAGACGAAGACUUUCUGGACCUGUCUGUAGAUGUUGAGCAGAACACCUCCAUCACACACUGUUUAAGGGGUUUCAGCAACACAGAGACACUGUGUAGUGAAUACAAGUACUACUGUGAACAGUGUCGGAGUAAACAGGAAGCACAGAAAAGGAUGCGUGUGAAGAAGCUGCCUAUGAUCCUGGCCUUACAUCUGAAGCGGUUUAAAUACAUGGACCAGCUGCAGCGUUAUACCAAGCUGUCCUAUCGCGUCGUCUUCCCUUUGGAGCUUCGCCUCUUCAACACCUCAGGAGACGCCACCAACCCCGACCGCAUGUACGAUCUGGUCGCCGUGGUCGUCCACUGUGGAAGUGGUCCAAACCGUGGUCAUUACAUCACCAUAGUGAAGAGUCAUGGGUUCUGGCUACUGUUUGAUGAUGACAUCGUAGAGAAAAUCGACGCCCAGGCGAUCGAGGAGUUCUACGGUCUAACGUCGGACAUUUCCAAGAACUCUGAGUCCGGUUACAUCCUGUUCUACCAGUCCCGGGACUGAACCAGCCAAUGCGAUUUGGACUCAGCAUAGGGAGGGGCUUGGGCUGCCACAGGCCCCGCCCAUCCCACCAUCCGUUAUAAAUAUUCAGGCUUUACAGCAGAGCUUUGCACUGUGGAGCGCCAGGAGGAUGGAUGGAGGAUCUUCAGCAGACAGGAGCCAACGAUGGCCGAGCAACCCAUCAGUGUGACAGGAUAUGACUUCAUUGGAGAAGAAGAUCAGCGAUCAGGGAUCGUUAUGCUUCGUCAUAGUCAUCAUCAUCCUAGUCAAGAUCGUCCUGAUGGUCUCUCUCUCUAUGGUUUGACGGUAGAUUAGAAAAUAUGUUGGCUUGGCUAGCUCGCCGCUUACAUAGAGUGUUGUCAUUACUGGUGUCCUUGUCAUACAUAGUGCCACUGCGGUGGUGUUAAACAGCAGUUUGGUAGGAUGAAAAGUAGAUCUGCCAUCUCCAGAAUGUUCUCCUUUGUCGUUGUUGGUUUGGAGAGUGGGGUGGAGAGAAGAGUUUGGUCCCUUUUUGCAGCUCAGCAGGCCAGAUCUGGCUGUGUUUAAAUUAUGGUUUGGAUGCCAAAAGCUGCACGUAUAUCUGUUUUUAAAGGGACACGUGUGCUCUCUAUUCCCCCCCCCCCCACACUCUCCCUCUGGCAACAACAGCAAACUAUACCACACACACUACAAAACGCCUGCCAACCAUGUGUGUAUGUUGUAUGUCUCCUAAUCAAACAAGUUCCUCAUUGGUGUCAAUGGCAGUGUUUCAAAUGGCAACCUAUUUAUUUAUCUAGUGCACUCCAAACUUAGUGCACUAGAUAUGGAGUAGGUCCUCAUUUAGCUCCUCCACUUCCUGUCACCUGAUCUCAACCUUCCAAUCAGAGCCUGAUGUAGACAGAUGUUUAUUUUCUUCUUUGAACGCACAAGUUAACCAAACAUAGCUGUUGUUUGGUAAUGUUAAAUAUGUGUUACACUGCCAGUUGGAGUAACUAACUUCACUCUUUAUAGGCUACGUCCCAAUAUCUAUACUAGCACACUGCUAAGUAUGCAUGCCCAAUAUAUUCUAAGUAGUAUGCUAGUGCAGAUUUUGGAACAGAACCGAUUUCUCUCAACAGAGAGCAAACUGGAAUAUGGCCCACUAUUCAUAAAGCUUCUCAGAGUAGGAGUGCUAAUCGAGUAUUGGUUUGGCCAUGUAGAUCAUAACCAAUCAGAUUCUUAUGGACAGAGACCUGAUCCUAGAUCAGAGGUUUUAUGAAUACAUAGCUCUGACAUGGGAGGUGUUUUAUAUAUUAUAUUAGCUAGGACUAGAGUGGGUCCUGUGUUAAGUUGAAUGUACAGUAAGGAACUGGCUGCUCAUUGGUUGGCCCGUACACAGGGCCUGGGGUUUUCACCUAUCCUGACCAGUACUAGUUAUACCUGCAUCCCAAAUGACACCCUAUUCCCUACGUAGUGCACUAUUUUGUUUAAACUUUGGCUCGUAGGGUCUCAUAGGCGCAUUUGGAGUGUGGUAGAGUUAAACUCAUUAACUUAGGCCUAUUGUAGACCUAUCUACCUAGUAAACACUAGUACACUCCUCUAGCCUAUAGGCUACUUUCUACCUAGUAAACACUAGUACACUCCUCUAGCCUAUAGGCUACUAUCUACCUAGUAAACACUAGUACACUCUAGCCUAUAGGCUACUUUCUACUUAGUAAACACUAGUACACUCCUCUAGCCUAUAGGCUACUAUCUACCUAGUAAACACUAGUACACUCUAGCCUAUAGGCUACUAUCUACCUAGUAAACACGAGUACACUCCUCUAGCCUAAAGGCUACUAUCUACCUAGUAAACACUAGUACACUCCUCUAGCCUAUAGGCUACUAUCUACCUAGUAAACACGAGUACACUCUAGCAUAUAUGGUUCACUCUGAGUCACAAAGGACACCCUAUUUCUCAUGUGUGUGUGUGUUCAACAGUAGUUUGACCCUUUUCUUUCUCUAUAGGUUAUUGCUGACAGUGCGAUUGACACACACACACACACACACACACACACACAGCCAACACACUUGGGUUGAUUUUUGUGUUUGGAGUAAGCGACCCGCGAACACACACACACACAGAGAGCAGGACACAGUACAGAAAAACAGCUUUCCGUAGUGUGUAUUCCAGCUUAGCUUAGAGGGACAUGAAAUGCAGCCUGAUGGUCCGUAAAUACUGUUUAGCUCGAGCAGCUUCAUAUGUUACCAACACACUACACUGGUCUGUAAUGAAUCCUGUUUUACUUCCUGGUUCUGUCUCAGUAGUCUAAAGGGGAAUCUUCAUCUCUCCAUCUGCAGGGAUGUAGAAACACUGGGUAGGGGACAGCAACAUUUUAUGCCUUUCCAGGUAUUUGCUUUCACCAGUCCAGUCCUUUCACAUCAAUGCAGAUGAAGGAGAGGACACCUCGUUAGACUAUUGUGACUCAGCCCCUCCAUGUAUGAGAGGAGUUCAAAGGUCAUUUUAGCUGUUGGGUCUUUUAAGGUUCAGGUUGAAGUUGACCCCCAGACACAGAUCUAGGAUCUGUGGGAUCUACCUUUACCAUUAUUCCUCAACUUGACCGUUUAGGUUGGAAACCUCUAAAACAGACCACAGAUCAGUCUGUAAAGGCGUUUUUCAGCCGUUCUGUUUCUUUAAAUGUGCUGACACACCUAUGCCCUAUAUAGGGCACUGAUUUUGACCAGAGCCCUGUGCACCAGAUUGGGAAUAUGGGGACGCACCCAGACCACCGCACCUCCAUCAAAUGGAUGAGAUGGAGAGGGAUGUUAAACAAGGAUGGGGAACAACCUAUAUUAAAACUAGGGUCUGUUGUUUUUAUUUAAGUAUAAUUAUUUACGAAUGUUAUGUUGACUUUUUCCUAGAUGUGUCUUUAAAAAAAAAAUAUAUAUAUAUAUGAUGUAUAUUUGACUAAUUUAGUCCUGCCAUUCUUGUGUAGGCAUCUGAGAUGAAUAUGGUUUGGAAUUAUUUGGGGGUAAUAUUUCAGAGAUGUUCCGUUCCAAAUGGCACCCUAUUCCCUAUUUAGUGCACUACUUUUGACCAUGUUUUCCCAUAGGGCUCUGGUCAGAAGUAGUUCAAUAUAUAGGGAAUAAGGUGCUGUUUGGAACACAUAUUUACCAUGCGUAAAUAUAAGAUAUUAUUGGGGUAUAAUUAUUUGCUUGAGAAAGAGGUCCAUGUGUUAACGUGAUCGGUAAUGUUACAUUUGGGUCUAGUGUUUUUCUUGACCUCGUGACCUAACCAGGAAAAACUCUGGACCCUACUAAUAGCUUCUAACUAAUAUCUAGGGCCCAAGUUUAGGAAAAACUCCCUGGUCCUAGAAAUAUUACCUGGCCAAUAUGAAAGCACUCCCUCGCCAAACUAAAUACAUUUUUUAUAAAUAAUCAAUGAUUCAAAGCCAAUAUGCUCUGUUUGUAGAAUCUUCUUCUUUUGAAUGACUUUGCAGGGUUAUUUUUAUCUUUCUAACCAAACUAUAUUAAAACGAGUGGGGCCAAUUCCAUUUCAAAUGCCAGUCAACUAAACUUGACAUGGGAGACACGUCGAUGGAUGUCCACUUCACUUAUUUAAGUAGCCAUGGAUGUAAAUGGGAUUGAACCUGAUUCUGCUGUAGAAAGUGAUUUUAAGUUGAAGUGGACGUUGAGGGAGCGAGCAGGGUGCAUUGUGGUACAGACUGGUCUCGGCCCAGAUGCAGUGAAGCUUGAUAUGGUCAAAUAAAAGGUGUCCGAUAAAUAAACUACUGGUGUUCGAUGGGGAGGAAGAAAAACGAAUCGAACUGCGGUGUCAUUUUUCCCUCCUCAGUCUGUCUCUGAGUGCUAGUUCUGUCACAUUGUACAUUUUAUAAGUACUGUUGAACAUGUACAGCUUUUUCACUGGUAGAAACGGGAUGUUCUCUCGUGUUGCUGCUGUGUCUACUGAUUCCCAUCAUUGUUCUACAGUCAUGUAUUUUCCAGAACUACACGACAAUCCCCCCCCCCAAAAAUGACUACAGAAAUUUCCCAAACGUUACACAUUAGGAAUGCACUUGAAUGAUAACCAGGCGUCUUCUUGCUUCACGAAGCUGGGAAUCAUCAACCCACUUUCGUCUUUUGAGAUCUGUUUUACCCCCUGAAGAUAUUUCCCCCCAUUUGUAUUCAAUAAAGAAUGACGAAGCAACAA